AUGGGGAACACGCUGACCUGUUGCGUGUCCCCCAAUGCCAGCCCCAAGCUGGGCCGGCGCACGGGGCCGGCAGAGCCGGACUAUCAGUCGGAGGUGUAUGAAGCAGCGGCCGGGGACGCGGUGGCUGUAGCCGUGGCGCCGGCACCGGCUGCCGUGGAGCCCCCCGAAUUGGACCUAGGAGCGGGCGAGGGCCACCACUUGCAGCACAUCAGUGACCGGGAGAUGCCUGAAGAUUUAGCAUUUGAAUCAAACCCUUCUGAUCAUCCAAGGGCGAGCACAAUUUUCCUGAGCAAAUCUCAGACUGAUGUGCGAGAAAAGAGGAAGAGCAACCAUUUAAACCAUUGUGACCUUAGCAAUAUAUUACCACAUAAAGAACAGCGAGAAAAGGUUCCGGAGGAAUACUUUAAGCAUGAUCCUGAACACAAAUUUAUUUACAGAUUUGUUCGUACUCUUUUCAGUGCUGCACAGCUAACGGCUGAAUGUGCAAUAGUAACUUUGGUUUACUUAGAAAGGCUUUUAACUUAUGCUGAGAUCGACAUUUGUCCCACUAACUGGAAAAGAAUUGUUUUGGGAGCCAUUCUUCUUGCCUCCAAGGUUUGGGAUGAUCAGGCUGUAUGGAAUGUGGACUACUGCCAGAUCCUCAAGGACAUUACAGUGGAGGACAUGAAUGAGAUGGAAAGGCAUUUUCUGGAGCUGCUCCAGUUUAAUAUUAAUGUUCCUGCUAGUGUUUAUGCCAAAUACUACUUUGACCUGCGCUCUUUAGCGGAUGACAACAACCUGAAUUUUCUCUUUGCUCCUCUUAGCAAAGAAAGAGCACAAAACCUCGAGGCCAUUUCCAGAUUGUGUGAAGACAAAUACAAAGACUUGUGCAGAGCUGCUAUGCGAAGGUCUUUCAGCGCCGAUAAUUUCAUUGGUAUUCAGCGCUCUAAUGCCAUCCUCUCUUAG